CCCGGGCCGCAGCCCCGCGCCCCCAGGGCUCCGCUGCCCCGCACCGCCCGGCCGGGUCCUCCCGGCGCUGCCCGGCCAUGGGGAGCUGCGCGCGGCUGCUGCUGCUUUGGGGCUGCUCCGUGCUGGCCGCAGGACUGAGCGGAGUGGUUGGCGCGCGUUCCCGCUGUGAGAAAGCCUGCAACCCUCAUAUGGGGAAUCUGGCUCUCGGGAGAAGACUCCGGGCAGACACCACCUGUGGUCUGAACGCCACGGAGCUGUACUGCUUCCACAGUGAGAAUGCUGAUCUGACUUGCCGGCCGCCCAAAUGUGACAAAUGCAAUGCUGCCCAGCCUCACCUGGCUCACCUGCCAGCUGCCAUGGCAGACUCGUCCUUCCGGUUCCCCCGCACGUGGUGGCAGUCGGCAGAGGGGGUGCAACGAGAAAAGAUCCAGUUAGACCUGGAAGCUGAAUUCUACUUCACGCAUCUAAUUAUGGUGUUCAAGUCCCCCAGGCCGGCAGCCAUGGUGCUGGACCGGUCCCAGGAUUUUGGAAAGACGUGGAAGCCUUACAAGUACUUCGCCACUAACUGUUCGGCCACGUUUGGCCUGGAAGAUGAUGUGGACAAGAAGGGAGCUAUUUGCACGUCUAGAUACUCCAGUCCUUUCCCAUGCACUGGAGGAGAGGUUAUCUUCAAAGCUUUGUCCCCUCCCUAUGGAGAGAACCCUUAUAGCGCCAAAGCGCAGGAGCAGCUGAUGGUCACCAACCUCCGUGUGCAGCUGCUGAAACGACAGUCCUGUCCCUGUCAGGAAAACGACCUGAGUGCAAAGCCCCAGCAUUUUAUGCACUAUGCAAUCUAUGAUUUCAUCGUCAUGGGCAGCUGCUUCUGUAAUGGCCACGCCGACCAGUGCAUCCCUAUUGAUGGCUUCCGACCUGUCAAAGGCCCCCGAGUGUCCCGUGUGAUCCAUGGGAAGUGUAUGUGUAAGCACAACACAGCAGGCACCCACUGCCAAGAGUGUGCACCAUUAUUCAAUGACCGCCCGUGGGAGGCCGCAGAUGGCAAAACAAAAUCUCCUAACGAGUGCAGAACCUGCAAGUGCAACGGGCAUGCUGAUACCUGUCACUUCAACAUGAGCGUGUGGGAAGCAUCCGGGAACCGCAGUGGCGGGGUUUGCAACAACUGUCAGCAUAACACUGAAGGGCAGCACUGCCAGCGGUGUAAGCCGGGCUUCUACCGGGACGUCCGCCGGCCCUUCUCCGCUCCAGAUGCGUGCAAGGCAUGUUCUUGCCAUCCUGUUGGAUCAGCGGUCCUUCCCUCCAGCUCGGUGACCUUCUGCGACCCCAGCAAUGGUGACUGCCCUUGCAAGCCAGGGGUGGCAGGACCUCACUGCGACAGGUGCAUGAUGGGAUACUGGGGCUUCGGAUACUAUGGCUGCAGGCCAUGUGACUGCGCUGGAAACUGCGACCCCCUUACAGGAGACUGCAUCAGCAGCAGCACAGAUAUAGACUGGUAUCAAGAAAUCCCUGACUUCCAGUCCACGCACAAUAAGAGUGAAACCACUUGGGAUUGGGAGGAUGAGCAAGGAUUUUCUGCACUUCGACAUUCAGGUAAAUGUGACUGUAAAGAACAGGUGUUAGGAAACUCGAAAGCAUUCUGUGGAAUGAAAUACUCAUAUGUGCUGAAAGCAAAGAUUUUAACGGCUCAUGACAAAGGAUCACAUGCUGAGGUAAAUGUAAAUAUUAAAAAAGUUUUAAAAUCUACCAAGCUGAAAAUUUUACGAGGAAAGCGAACAUUGUAUCCAGAAUCCUGGACGACCAGAGGCUGCACUUGCCCAGUCCUCAACCCUGGUAUGGAGUACCUUGUAGCAGGACACGAAGAUGUGAAAAGAGGCAGACUGAUUGUAAAUAUGAAAAGUUUUGUUCAUCACUGGGAACCAUCUCUUGGAAGAAAAGUCAUGGAUAUUUUAAGAAGAGAGUGCAAGUAGCAACAAAAGGUAUAUAGUACAGAAUGGCACUUCUGUGUGUGUGAAACACAAAUUUAAUGGAAAGGAAACCUCAAAAACAAAACUGGAAUAAUUAUUGUUUAAGUGCCAAAAUAUAUAGAAGUGAUAUUCCUAUGCAUGAGCCUGUUUCUUUAGGGCACAUGUUUAAAAUCAACAUGUUACAUAAAGAAGAAUGAAAAAUCCUAUACUGAUACCUGCUUUCUAUGUAACUGAUUCUGAAAUUUGUACCUGUUAAAAGUAUUUUAAUAGCAGUGUGAUAUUUAGCAGUACUGCGUUAAGGGCAAUAACAGGCACUCCACCCAUCCUCAGAUAUGUUACUUGCAUCUGUAUUCCUAACUGAUGAGAUUUUUGAGAACUUCCUAAUCCCAUUCUCAGAAAAAAAGCAGUUCUUUUUGUGCUUGAGGUGUGUAAACUUUGUUGUGUGUGGGGGGGGGUACUCAGUGGAACCUGUCCGCAUGUAUAUAGUAUUUCAUUGUAUAAAGCACUUUACUACCUGCCACUUGUGUUGCAAAAGGUUGGAGACAGCAGUUGCAGAGAGAAAAUCGUGGGUAAGAAAAGCCUACUGAAACAGAGGCACUGCCACUGUGGACAGACGUGGUCAUCGAAAGGAAGGUGUGCUGUUUACCGUGCAAAGCUGUGCCAAGAACACAGCCUUAAAGGAGAAUGCAUUUGUGUGAAGUUUCGUUCAGGCAAGAAGUUAAACUCCACAGAUAGCAGCCGUGAUGAAAUGUCUUAAAACACUCAAAAAAAAGAGAGAAGAGACUUUAAGAUAUGAGAAAGAAAUCAUAAGCGUAGAAAUAUGCUUGGAUAAAGAAGAGAGUAACUAUAAAUUAAAAAAUAAAAUCAUUUAUUUGCAAUGCACUUGUAAACACUUCAAAAAUGAUUGUAGACACAGAAUUUGUUUUAUUUUUGUUUAGUAUUUAAAUCUGAAUCUUGAAGCAAUUACUUCCUUGUCUUUAUUAACAAUGUAUUUCCUAGACACAUUUGUUUGGACACAGUGUAUGUGAUGGCUCACCAGAUUUCAGGUUUUCAUUAUUCAACUUCUGUACCCAGGCACAAAUAGUGCAUAGUUUCUUCUGUACUUGAAUAUACAACACAUGAACUACAGUGCCAUAGAUUAACUUCACAUACAGAACAUAUUUUUCCUGAGGUCCUGUGGACUUGCAAUAUAUAUAUACAUAUAUGUAUAUGUAUAUAUAUCUUUGUUAAUUUUUUAUAUUUCAUAUAUGAAAUAAAGGAAUAUGAUCUCCUGA